AUGAACUUGCUCAUCGACAGAAUAGAGAAUCCUGGAUCAAGAAACUGUGCCCUUUUGCCUCCGUCGUUUUCAAAGGGCUUUUGCACGGGAAGAAGGGCCUCCAGCGGUGGUAAAGUGAAGGUGAAAGAACCUAUUCCUCAGCCGCAGCCGCAGCCGCAGCCAGUGCAGACUAACACAAGUAUUGCACAUUUUUCGAAAUUGUCCUCGAGGCUGCCUGUCAUAGCAGUGAAUGAUAAUCCGGUGGUACCGAGACCCAGCACGGAAGUUAACCUUGGAUCGCUGCUGCAGAGCGAAAAAGAUAAGGGGAAACAGCCUGCUCUGCAUGACAAGAAACAUCUCCAUGUAACGAACAAUAGGGCACAUGGGACAAGACAGCGUUCAUUAGAGAUGUCCAGUUUGCCUGUUUUGGGUUCUACGAAGACAGGGAAGUUUAGCGAUUUUUUGUUUGGCGAUGACGUCGAUAAUAGAGUGAACCGCCGCAGUCGGUCGUACAGUGGGGCAUCCAGUCUGGAUGAUCCAUUUAGAGUAUCCCCCAAAACCGACUGCAACUCCAAUUGGGCGAGGACAUCUUGCCUUAGUAAAGGACGCCGUGGGUCGAUGUCUGUUUUCCAAAGUUGUCAGACUGGGCUGGCUUUUAAUCAAAUACAGGGAUCUUCGUCCUCGCAGCGAAGAUCAUCCGCGGGUUCCUUUGAUUACAAGAGGAAGAGAUUGGUGAACCAAUUUUUACAACCCUCAUCGGGGACAUCAGACUCUUUUGAUACGUUGAAAGAGUCGGUAGUGUUUGAGCCGGCAUUAACCUCUGGCGGCGUCAAAACAAGAAACUUGCGUUCUCAAUCACAAAUUUCCGUAAACUCAUCUCCCAGUACGUCCUUGUUUUAUCAUGAUUUGGACGGAUCAGCCAUUAACGACUCUUCAUCGUUUUUGUAUUCACGUUCUAACAUGCCAACUUUUUUGUCGCCGUCUGCAUUUUCAUCUACAUCAUCCGCUUCAUUGGAUUCGGGAGAUGCAGAUAGGAGAAGUUUGAACGGUGUGUUUCCCUCUUCGGGCUACUUGAAUGACAAGAGGGAGGCAAGGAAUUCAUCAAGCUCUUCUGCCACCUCCGGUUCUGAUAUCUUGGCAUUUAAGUCUUUGCUAAACAGACAAAAGCCAGUCGAUUCUUCCACGAAGGCUAAAAAUGUAAUGAAAGUAAACAAUAAAAAUAACUCCACGAUUACUCUUGAUCCCAGUUCAAAUCCGAUUUCCAAGAGUAACUCGAACUUGGACAACAGCAUUGAUGAGUUGAACUAUUAUCAGAAUCAUAUUUCGACACUUUUACUGAAAAUUGAAAACGAAAUGAAGAGGAAUUUAAAUGAUACAAUAAUAAAGAAUGAAAAUAACGUACAAAAGACUAUACAAAAAUACGAUCUUCUAUCUGGAGAAUUAUCGCUUUUAUUAGACGGAAUGACUGCCCUGAGGACCACAGUGGUCAGCGAAUUCUUGGUUAAGUUGAAAUCAGACUUUAACGAGAAUGACGACAGGGCAUUUAUUAGUGAGUUGAGAAUAUCGGUGGAAGAAAGUGUGGAACAGUUACAAGGACUGGAAAAGAGGAUGGAAGUCAGCCGAGCGAGAUUAAGCAAGCAGAAGUCCUCUUUGAGAGAAAUGGAUAGUUUGAUAGAGUUGAAGAACAUGUUGAACAGAUCGAAAAAGAACACGAAGUCCAUAUAUCUGUAUAGGUACUUUAUCAUUGACAUUAUUGCAUUGAUUUUGAUGUGUGGCUUCCUCAUAUAUCUCAAAAAUUUGACGACUCGAUUGUUUUUUUACUGA